AUGCCUGCUGUGAACGCACCCGCUAAAGUCGUCGUCACGGGCGCUAACGGCUACCUGGGCGCCUGGGUUGCGCGCUCGUUCCUUGAGCAAGGCUAUCAUGUUCGCGCCACAGUCCGCAGCGCCGCCAAGGGAGACGAGCUUAGGCGUCUCUUCGCCUCAUACGGCGACAAGUAUGAGCCUGUCAUCGUCCGGGACGUGCUGCAGGAUGGCGCGUUCGAUGAAGCGGUGAAGGGCACAGAGCUUGUGGUGCACACACUGUCGCCCGCUACAGUCAGCAAUGAUCCCAACGAUAUCAUUCCACCCGCAGUGCAAGGGACCGUCGGCAUCCUGAAGUCAGCGAAGAAGUACGAGGACACCGUCAAGCGUGUAGUCAUCACAGGCUCUGUCGGCUGCAUAGCACCGACGGAUCAAGAGCCCAAGGUCUACGAUGAGUCAAUGGUGAACGACACCGACGUCCAGAGAGUCGAGCAGGGAGAGAGGAACUUCAUGGUCAUCUACUAUGCGUCGAAGACCACGGCAGAGAAGGAGGCGUGGGCGUUCAUGCGGAAUAGCAAUCCAGCGUUCGACCUGGUCUUCAUACACGGAAGCGCGUUCAUAGGCCCUCCUGCCCACCCUCUGAAGUCCGUCAAAGAGACGUCGCUCUCGCUCCAGCACCUGUGGCUCGGCGCCAUCGAAGGUCGCGACGCGGAGACAGUUUUCACUCGCGGUGAAGGCUGGAUUGAUAUCCGCGACAUUGCUCUAUCACAUGUUCUUGCAGCGCAGAAGUCUGAGGCAGGCGGGGAGCGCAUCAUCGUGUCCGCGGGCGACUUCGUCUGGCAAGAUCUACACGACGUGGCGCACUCAAUUGACGCUAGCCUGCCUGCGGGCGACCCCACGGCCGAGAAGGUGUACUACAGGCGGUACAACAACGAGAAGAUGAAGCGCGUGCUCGGUUUGAACCCGCGGCCGUUGGAGGAGACAAUCCGAGACUCGCUCGAGUUCUACAAGACGAUCCCCAAGUAG